GUGACGUCAGCUAUAUAAAGGCGCUCGGCCCCUUUGUUCCUCCUCAGUGCGUCGUUGCUCUUCUGCCGGCGGGGACGGGAUCCCAAACUGUGUCAAAAUGGUUGAAGCAGAUCGUCCUGGAAAACUGUUCAUUGGCGGGCUGAACACUGAGACAAAUGAGAAGGCUCUUGAAUCUGUCUUUGGCAAAUAUGGCCGCAUAGUGGAAGUUCUCCUCAUGAAAGAUCGUGAAACCAACAAGUCAAGAGGAUUUGCUUUUGUCACCUUUGAGAGCCCGGCAGAUGCUAAGGAUGCUGCCAGAGAUAUGAAUGGAAAGUCUUUAGAUGGAAAAUCCAUUAAAGUUGAACAAGCUACCAAGCCAUCCUUUGAAACCGGUAGACGUGGGCCCCCUCCCCCUCCACGGAGCCGGGGUCCUCCAAGAGGUCUUAGAGGUGGAAGAGGAGGAAGUGGAACACGAGGUCCUCCUUCAAGAGGGAGUCAUUUGGGUUCUUCUAGAGGCCCUCUCCCGAUGAAGAGGGGUCCACCUCCACGUAGUGGGGGCCCACCACCUAAGCGGCCUACGCCUUCAGGACCUGUUCGUAGCAGUAGUGGAAUGGGUGGGAGAGCGCCCCUGUCACGCGGCAGAGACAGUUAUGGAGGACCUCCACGUAGAGAACCACUGCCAUCGCGAAGAGAUGUCUACCUGUCUCCUAGAGAUGAUGGCUAUAGUACUAAAGACAGCUAUUCAAGUCGAGACUAUCCAAGUUCCAGAGACACAAGGGAUUAUGCUCCGCCUCCAAGAGAUUACACCUAUCGGGAUUAUGGCCAUUCCAGUUCACGUGAUGAGUACCCCUCAAGAGGUUACAGUUAUUCCUCUUACAGCGAUCGUGAUGGCUACGGAGGGCGUGACCGGGACUACUCCGAUCACCCAAGUGGAGGCUCUUACAGAGAUUCGUAUGAGAGUUAUGGUAACUCACGUAGUGCUCCACCUGCACGAGGGCCCCCUCCAUCUUAUGGUGGAAGCAGUCGCUAUGACGAUUACGGGAGCACCCGAGAUGGGUAUGGUGGAAGUCGAGACAGUUACUCAAGCAGCAGAAGUGAUGUCUACUCAAGUGGCCGUGAUCGUGUUGGAAGACAAGACAGAGGGCUUCCCCCUUCCAUGGAAAGGGGCUAUCCUCCUCCACGUGAUUCAUACAGCAGCUCAAGCCGCGGAGCACCCAGAGGUGGCGGCCGUGGAGGGAGCCGCUCUGAUAGAGGUGGAGGCCGAAGCAGAUACUAAAACCUUUGAAACUUUUGGACCAAAUCAGUUUUUACCUCCAACAAAUGGAAUGUGGAAAUUCUAUCUUCACUCCCAGAGGACUACUGAAACGUUGUUUUUACCUUUUUUUUUAUUGUUGCUUGUUAAGUUCCCCUCCAUUACUGAUGUUUUUUGUGAGGAAAAAGUAAACAUGUUUUAAUUUCAUUUCAAAAUUGUUAAUAUUUCUCUCAGAAAGCAGAUGUUAAUGUAUGACAUUUGAGCCUGUGUACUAGUGUUGUAACCUUUCGAAGUAAACGUUAACCCUAAAAUGCCAUACUUCUCACCUCAUCAAUGAGACAAGCAAACCUAAGGCUUCCCUUACAACGUGCAGCCAUCUAAAAUGGCCAUGGAUUGUUCUACACAUGCAAACGUGCCUUCUUUCUAGGCAAACCAUAUUAGCUAUUGGAGGGUGGUGGGGGUGUGUGCCAAACUAAAGUGUAAAGUGUCCUCUCAAAUGCUGAAAUGCACACAAUGCUUCCAAAUACGAAAUUUCUUCCGUCUUGUGUAAAAGUCAGGAUACCAUUCAGUCAUUAAAUCAAAACAACAAAUGGCUAAUGCUGAAUGUACAUAGUGCCUUUCUACGUAUUUCAUUGGGGAAUUUGCAAGAACCUCACCCCCCAAAUAACAUUAACCUGUAGCAAGCACGCUACAGCGUUCCGUAAGUAAGAGGUUUGGCCAGUUCCAUCAAAGAAGCUGCAAAGCGAUACUUGCUCUUACUGUUUCAAAUUUUUGCAAUCCUGUAGUGUCUCAUUUUUAAAGGAACAUCUUUGACUCCAAAGGCAAAAUGGAGAAAAUAAGAUAAGCAAAGAAGUCUUUCUCUCCAACUUCUGAAAGGCUUAUAAACAAGUGAAACUUUCAGCAUUCCACAACAGAUUUAAAGCAUCAAAUGCCUGUGAAACAGCAAAGAUGGUAAGCAAAGCAAACUAGUUUUUCAGUCUAAGUCAAACAUGAAACCAAAACUGUCGUCUUUAGUACGGUAGGACAUCAUGGCAAUGGAAGUUCUUUCUAGAUUUUAAAGAAAGCAGCACCCAAUGGAAAAACUGUGCUGGAUAGCCUUAUGCGAAGCCUUCCAAAUUCAACAUAACCUUAUCUUGGAUGAAAGUAUGUAUGGCUCAAAACUUUUGAAAAUGACAUUAAGAAUGCAGCUCCUUGUAGACAUUCCCUUAAAGGGCUGGGAGGGGAUGCUUUUUGCCCAAUAUGUUUCAAUGAAGAUACUUAAAAAAAAACACACACACAAGAAAACAGGCUAUAUUUUAAGAAAUUAAAACUGUAACACAAUCAGAAAUUGGCUUAAAUUGCCAAAAUCUAUACCAGCUUGGGGAAUGCCAAACAAGCCGUUAUUACAUUCUGAUGUUUAGUUGGAUGCCUGACUUUUCUUCCUUAUACUGUAGUCUUGUGUGGGGAGUUCUGAUACAAAUGGCAGAACCUGUGGCAAGUUGUCAUGACCCAGGUGCAGCCGGGAAGUUCAAAAGAUGCUCUUGAAAUGUAGUAAGACUUGAAGACCUCCAACUAAAGUUCUGCUAUAAUCCUCAAAACAUAUUUUGCCAGUCAAGUUAUGGAUUUACCAUGAAAAGCGCCAUUGGAAAGGAAAUAAGAAUCCAUAAGCCAUGCGACUUGUCACUAAGCCAUUCCAGUUCAUUCCAAUCCAGUGAACCUUCCACCUCUCAAACUAAAAAGUUAGAUCUUGAAGCUGAUUAAUCGGCGAACCCGGGUGUAUUUGGUGUGCUUCUGGGGAUGGUCAUGGGCUUGGGCACUUUGUACUAGCAUAAUUUUCAUACAUACUUUAAUUGUUGCAGGCUGACCACUGCCUUUAAGAUGAAGUAACCUGGGGCACCUUACGUGCAUGCAUUGGUAGUGGAUGACACAGAUGUUGGCUGCAAAAGUAAAAACAGGUACAGGGUUAAUUGUGGCUGACAUUUGAAGAGUGGAUGCCUGUAGAGAAUGCAGCUGCUGAGCAGGCUUAAAAUACGACUACAAUGUUUAAUGAAGACAUUUCGGAGGGAAGUCGUAUCUUAAAUGCCAUUGUCAGUCUUGGCUAUGGGCACUGGAUGUUCACAAGACAAAUGCCACAACAGUUGGAUGGAAAUUAUCUCUGUCUUCUUACAAAUGCUUUUCUAAUAAUCCUGCAGAUAUGUACCAUAAGCUGUAGCAUGUAACUUGCUACUUACUGGCAGCAAAGAAUCCACAUUUGGGUCUCUCUGAAUUAGACAUACAGAAGAGACGGUUAACCCAACUCAGGGUACUUCAUGAAACCAUGACAGCCAUGUUCUGGACCACAUAGAUUUAGGAGGAGAAUUUUUUAAAGUCUGGCUGACUAAGGUUUUGGACUAGAAAGCAAAAAAGAUAACCUAAGAGAUUUUCCAGAGCAUUUCCAAGAGGCUAGGUUAAAUCUUGGUAUUUGGAGUGGCAUUUGGCCAGGAUGUAAAGAGGGUUUUGAUCUGAUUUUUGAGUAAGGAAUACAUCUGGAAACUACAAAUUCAUGGUGGUAUCAUGAAUUAAGGUAGACUGAAUACAAUUUGAAUAAAAUUACCUAAGUUUGAGAAAUUUCUUACAUAGGUUUAAGAAAUUGGUUUGGAAAUACCAUUAAACAUUUUUAAGCUAGAUCUUUUAAGAAAUAAUGAUGCAAACUAGGUGGGGUUAUCCAUUCCCUUUUCCAAGGAGUUCUGUGACACUACUCUGGAAGUGGGCUAGUGCCACAAACAGAAGCAGUAGUUUCCCCGUUCAAAUGGGCAGGAACGUGUGUUUCAACCAGAAAAAAACUCCCCAAACCCCCAAUGGUGGCAGAUUCUUGAAAGGUGCAAGAAGCCAAGAUUGUUGUAUUCUAUCCAUUGUGAAAAUAAAGUGUUAACUUCUU